AUGUCGACGUUAGCUGAAUCUAUUGCAAAGAAGGCCCGUGUUGCUGGGAAUGUGCUGAAAACCUUGAGCAACGAACAGCGGACUGGCGUGCUGCGUAGGAUCCAUGAUGGGCUGCUGGCUAAGAAAGAGGAUAUUCGCAAGGCCAACGAGGCCGACUUGGAAACUGCAGCCCAGAACAAUUUGGCUCCCGCACUUGUGCAGCGGCUGAAUUUAUUUAAGGGCGACAAGUUUGAGGCCAUGCUGCAAGGAAUUCUGGAUGUUGCAGCGUUGGAGGACCCCGUAGGAAAGCUGCAAAUGGUGCGCGAAUUAGACGAGGGGUUAACCUUGUACAAGGUGACUGCGCCUGUGGGGGUAAUGUUAAUUAUAUUUGAAUCUCGUCCUGAGGUCAUCGCCAAUAUUUCCGCACUGUGUAUUAAGUCCGGGAACGCUGGUAUUUUGAAGGGCGGCAAAGAAUCGGUGAACACCUUCCGAGAACUGGCUGCUGUGAUAAACUUGGUUCUUGCUGAGAGCGAACCAGAGACAGGGGUUCCAGUCCACGCCGUGCAGCUAGUGGAGAGCAGAAGCGAGGUAUCUGACUUGUUGCAGCAAGAUGAAUACAUUGACCUUGUCGUACCUCGUGGGUCCAAUGCGCUUGUGAAGCAAAUUAAGGCGUCAACCAAGAUCCCUGUACUUGGCCAUGCGGAUGGUAUUUGCUCUAUCUAUCUAGAUGCGGAUGCGGAUUUGGCGAAGGCUAAAAGAAUUGUUUUGGACUCCAAGACUAACUACUGUGCUGCAUGCAACGCCGCCGAGUCCUUAUUGAUUAAUCCUCGCUGCUCAGGGUGGGAAGAAGUACUAGCACAUCUAAUAAUUGCUGGGAACGUCAAGUUGCACGUUACUAGCGAUGUGAAGGAGGCUUUUUUCGCCUACGCUGGGGACGAUGCUGCCCUUAAGGGCAAUGUUGUGGAUGCAGAGGAAGGCGACUUCUCUAGGGAAUUUUUGUCGCUCGAUAUUGCUGUAAAGUUCAUUGACUCGGUUCAAGAAGCCGUGAUCCAUAUCAAUGAGCACUCCUCCAAGCACACUGAUGCAAUCGUUACUGAGUGCAAGCAAACCGCUGAUUUCUUUUUGAAGGGUAUCGAUUCCGCAGGCGUUUACUGGAACGCGUCCACAAGAUUCGCAGACGGUUUCAGAUAUGGAUUUGGGACAGAAGUCGGCAUUUCCACCUCGAAGAUUCAUGCGCGUGGCCCGGUAGGCCUUGAUGGUUUAGUAACCUACCAGUACCAGGUUAGAGGCACAGGCCAAGUUGCGAGCGACUACAUUGGUGCCGGAGGCGACCGUGCUUUUGUGCACAAGGACCUCGAUCCGAAAAAUGUGGCUUUCUGA